UCUCAGUACCUCCCCCUAGUCUCUGUCCUUUUUCGCGUUCACUCUAUCCACGCGGAUUCAUUUCCACCUUCCUUGUGAUCUACCCUGUACUUCUUACACCCUGGUCGCGUAUAGCGUUAUCCUGCUCCUGCUCGUCUCGCUUUAAAACAAAUAGGAUAUUUUUUUUUCUUUCCUCACUGGUAUCUCUCUCUCUCUCUUUACCGAUGCCUACAACCUAAUCAGACAGAAGAGGAUUUUUCUCUCUUGAGCAUGAGAAGGACUGCCAAAUCUUCCGCAAUCCAGCAUCAAAGAUCGGGCUCCCAGCAUGAGUACUGGAUACACAGACUCCAGCACCAGAAGUUUUCCUCCAACAGAAUAAAACAUCGGGGACUACAGAUCCCAGUCAUAGAGGAGAAUCAAUUUUAGGUCUCCACAGAAUGGAGCAAGAAUGAACAGAGAGCGGCUGAAAGAAAAGCAUGAACUGGAGGUUUAUUGAGUUCAUCUACUUCCUGUUUAUAUGGGACCAUAUAACAGUUCAGUCUUCCCGCCAGGAUCCAUCCGUUGCCGAGCAACAUGUCUCCAAGCAAUUUGAUUGGCUCAUCUCUGACCGCGGGCCUUUCCACCACUCUCGGGGUUAUCUCUCCUUUGUGGAAAGAUUUCGUCAAGGAUUUACAACCAGAUACAAAAUCUAUAGAGAAUUUGCGCGCUGGAAGGUGAGGAACACCGCUAUCGAGAGGAGGGAUCUGAUCCGGAAUCCCCUUCCCCUAAUGCCGGAAUUCCAGAGGAGUAUCCGCCUGCUGGGGAGGAGACCCUCCGUCCAGCAAUUCAUUGACACCAUUAUCAAGAAGUACGGGACCCACAUUCUGAUCUCCGCCACUCUGGGAGGAGAGGAAGCACUGACCAUGUACAUGGACAAGAGCAAGCUGGACAGGAAAAUGGUCAAUGCCAGCCAGAGUGUGGAAGCCCUGCACCAGCUGGCUUCCUCAUACUUCAUCGACCGAGAUGGAACAAUGAGAAAACUCCAUGAAAUCCAAAUAUCCACCAACGCAAUCAAGGUAACAGAGACUCGGACUGGGCCCCUGGGUUGCAGCAGUUAUGAUAAUCUGGACUCGGUGAGUUCAGUCCUUCUGCAGAGCCCGGAGAGCAAGCUCCAUUUACAAGGUCUACAGGUCAUCUUCCCCGAGUACCUCCAGGAAAGGUUUGUGCAGUCGGCCCUGAGCUACAUCAUGUGCAAUGGAGAGGGCGAAUACGUGUGUCGUAACAGCCAGUGCAUCUGCCAGUGUGCUGAGGAGUUCCCACAGUGCAACUGUCCGAUCACCGACAUUCAAAUCAUGGAGAACACUUUAGCAGCCAUGGCUGAAACAUGGGCAACAUCCUACAAGGACUUUGAAAAUUCAGAUGAAUUUAAAUCUUUUCUUCGACGACUGCCUUCAACUCACUUCUUACCAGUGAGCAGUAUUCACUUGCUGUGGGGGAAUGACUGGGACCUACAGGCGCGCUAUAGGCUCCUGCAGAGCUCCCUGGAGGCCCAAAAGCUGAAGAUGCAGCGCACAGCACGCAAACUGUUUGGCCUGAGCAUUCGCUGCCUCCACAACCCCAACCACCAGAUGCCUAGAGAGAGAUCUGUACUGCAGUGGCUGAACCGGGUCCAAUCCUUUCUGUACUGCAAUGAAAAUGGGUUUUGGGGGACCUUUUUGGAAAGCCAGAGAACAUGCGUCUGCCACACUGGUGCCAGCCUGUGCCAAAGACCUAUCCCCUGCAUCAUCGGUGGGAACAACAGCUGUGCCAUGUGCAGCCUAGCCAACAUUUCCCUGUGUGGUUCCUGCAACAAGGGCUACAAGCUGUACCGGGGUCGCUGUGAGCCCCAGAAUGUGGACUCCGAGCGCAGCGAGCAGUUCAUCAGCUUUGAGACGGACCUGGACUUCCAGGACCUAGAGCUGAAGUACCUCCUGCAGAAGAUGGAUUCACGGCUGUACGUCCACACCACAUUCAUCAGUAACGAGAUCCGCCUGGACACCUUCUUCGAUCCCCGGUGGCGCAAGAGAAUGUCUCUCACCCUCAAGAGCAACAAGAACCGAAUGGACUACCUCCACAUGAUCAUCGGGCUGUCCAUGAAGAUCUGCCAGAUGAGGAACAGCAGCAUUGACCCCAUGUUUUUUGUUUACAUUAACCCCUUCAGUGGAAGCCAUUCGGAAGGAUGGAACAUGCCCUUCGGGGAACAUGGCUACCCUCGCUGGGAGAAGGUGAGGCUCCAGAACACCCAAUGCUACAACUGGACCCUGCUACUUGGCAACCGGUGGAAGACCUUUUUUGAAACCGUCCACAUUUACCUUCGCAGCCGCGCCAAGCUGCCUUCCACGCUGCGGAAUGAAACGGCACAGGGGCCCGUGGAUCUCUCAGACCCCGCAAAGCGGCAGAUUUACAUCAAGAUCUCAGACGUUCAGGUCUUUGGGUACAGCUUGCGCUUUAACGCAGACCUGCUACGCAGUGCUGUGCAGCAGGUUAACCAGUCGUACACUCAGGGGACCCAGUUUUACUCUUCCUCCUCCGUCAUGCUGCUCCUGUUGGACAUAAGGGACCGAAUCAAUCGGCUUGCUCCCCCAGUUGCCCCUGGGAAACCCCAGCUGGACCUCUUCUCCUGUAUGCUGAAACACCGGCUGAAGCUGAACAACAGUGAGAUGAUUCGAGUGAACCACGCCCUGGACAUGUACAACACGGAGAUCUUGAAACAAUCCGACCAUCUGACUGCCAAACUCUGCUGAAAUGUUUUUUUUUUCCUUUACUGCUUUUUUUGCUUUUUGAUGUACAACUGAAUUUGUAAAUGUAAUUAUUAUACAUAAAAAGACAAAAAGAGCGAAAAUUUCUGCGUUGGAAAACUAAAACCAUUUAACAAGACUGUACCAUAUUUGUCGAAGCAUGUUUGUCGUUUCCUUUUAAUGAACGUGAAAGAAAAAAGAAAAAAAGAAGUGAAACAUCUGGUGAUCAAGAGGCCUUGAUUUUACUCUGAAAGAAAAAAAAAGGUACAUAAAAUACUGCCAUUCUUAACCAAGUAAAACAAUUUUUAAAUAUUACUAAUAAAACAAGAUAAGAGUAGACCAGGUGAUAUAUCUUUUUAUUUUAGCACAUUUUUGUGAAAAAUCAAAUGGGGUAAACAAAAUAAUGGGAAGCUUUAAUAUGAAUAAAUUAUAAGAGAUUAAACAAUGUUGCUGCUUAGAAGUCAACAUUAUUUUAUCUACUGUACAUGUAGUAGUGUUAGAAGGCUAUUAUAGCACAUAGCAACUCUAAAGGGAGAGUGAUUAAGUGUCUUUGUUACAUACAAAAUUCGAAACACAGCCUGCAAAUUUCUCUUUAUAUGUAAGGAGAAGUGCACUAUGAUACCAUGUUGUCUUUAAAAUAAAGACAAUCGAUAUGGCUACAGAGUAUGAUUUAUUUUCAUAGUAAGAUAUCCACAAGGAAUUAAAGCAUUUUGCAGUUUUACUUUGUGCUGUAUGUAACGCGGACACCUAUCCAUCAGAGUUUGUGCUUUAUGUGACCUACAGAAGCUUCUCAGUAGUAUAAGAAAAAUUAAGAAUUCCACCCACAUUUCUUGCAGGUUCUUAGUGCUUGAGUGAAAUACAGCGCUCUGAAGAUGGACAAUCGAUGCUAAAUCAAAGUGAAGGCUGGUGUGGUGUGUGCACCUCCCGCUUGCUGGAGUGUUAAGAAUUAAGGAUUUUGAUCUUCAGGCAAAUUUGGACAUUGAUCAUUUGCUUAGUCACGCAGUCUUACUGCAGACAGCAGAAGAGCCAUAAAAUAUGCACAUGUCUCACUGUUGAAAACGUAGGUCCCACAAAGAUAAUGAAAGACUGCACGGUGCAGGGAAAAUAUAUAUAUAUACAGUAGGAGUAAAGCAUAACACAUCAGCAGCCAUUGCGUUUAUUUGGAGACCUACAGUAGUUAAUAAGGCAUUAUUUCAUAAGUGCACCAAAAUCCAGAUGUUCCCUUAAAUGUGCUCUAUCCUGUAUGUACUGUAUACAGUAGGUCAUCUGUGCUGUUUUUUUCUCAUUUUCUAAGUGCUAACUGGUUGUUUGUGUGUACAUCCAUGGUCACCCUGCAUAAAAAUGUACCAUGAUUUAUAAUUUUUAAGGAUUCAACUAACAGAAAAAAAUAGCCAUAGGCUUUUCAAACAAUUCUAUACCGGUAUGUAAGUAUAAGCAAAAUAUGACAUAUUGAGGGACAGGAAUUUUUUUUUUUGCUGUUCAGUAGAAAAAACUGAACUACUUUUCAGAAAAAAACAACAUUUUGCUCUGAGUAAAGCUGUUUUAAUGAUCGAAAGCAAUUUAUGCUGCUGCUGAUUAUUGUUUUUUGUUAUUAUAUAAUUAAGUGCCUGCUAACUGUCCCUUUAACGCAUCAUUAUAACUGCAGAGUACAUAGAAAGAAAUUUGUUAGGAUCUUAGCCAACAAAUGUAAGAUGAUACUAGAUUAAGAAAUUUUGAGCUCUGAUUAAAGCAGGAAAAAGAGAACAAAAGCCUAUUUUUCUUUGAGAAGUUUGUGUGCAAGGGCUGCUGAAGAAAUGGAUAUUAUCUGGAGAACCAAUUUAAAGUCCUCAUAGAUGAAGUGAUUAUAAGUGGAGUACAGUCUGAAUUGAACUAUACUGCUACUGUAUUGACAUAAGGGGAUCUAUGAUUUGUUUUAAAAAGUCAAUGUUCGCGAUGGCUUGCUGCUAUUAUAUACUAUAUUUCAGCAUCUUGUUGUUUUCACUUUUUUCCCCCAAAAUGCUUACAAACUGUGCAAGACCACUCUACACAAAAUUAAAUAGGCAGUCUAGACUUUUCAAGUUUGAAUAGAAGCAGAACCAUUAUUGCAGGCAGUGUUGAAAACAUAUUGUGUAAUUUCUCAGAAAUAAUAUUUAAUUUCCUUCAUUGUCUUAAAAUGUUAAUGGAAUUAAAAUGAAGUCACUGGCUUAUUGCUGUUUCAAUUCAAAGUGCUUAAUUCACUUAGAAUUACUUUUAUACUCAUAGAAAAGAUUAACAAUCAGUCAUUGAUCUUACUCAAACAUAAAAAAAUCUCAUACAAAAGACUGGCAAUGUAUGAAAUAAAAUCUACACAUAUUGGACACCUGCAUUAGUGAUUUUCAUGCUACUAUUAUAAUUUUAGUAGUUAAAAUCAUACUUAUUAACACUAGUAGCUUUCUUUAAAAUAAAAUGUCCCAUAAUACAAUUGCCUGUGCUCUGAGAAGCUUUGUAUACAUCCUACUAAGAGUAAGAGAUCCAGAGCUAGUUUUCAGACAGUUUGAACUUUUUUUAAACAAAAGGUUUUAUGGAGUACAGGGACUGAUACAUAUACAUUUCUGAUAUGUGAUUCAGAUAUUGGACUCUAUCUGAAUCUGAUUAUUUUUACUUUUUAAACAGUUUCAUUAAAUUAUUGGCUGUUAGUAGUCUUGGUUAAUAGUACUGUGAAGAGCUAUUUUAACUUACUCGUCCUGUAUCUGUUUUCUUUUGAAUCUUGAUUAUGAUCCUUUUAUUUCAAUUAACAUACAGGAUGUGUUAAAUGAUCAAAAAGAUUAAAUGUAAAACUUUUGAUUUCCAGUUUCACUCCAGUGAUUUAACACAACUCUCACACAAGAGAACUAUGAGUCUUAGUUAAAUCUUAAGAGUACGCAAAAUUCAAUUUCAGGAACCAUCCAGUCACCCAGCAGGUGUUCCUGAAGUUAUUCCAUCUGGCCUCAGCUUUUUUUCUUCAGCUCAAAGAGCUGUGGCGCAGAGGGACAUAUUCACCCCAGGUGAUAUUAGGUCCCUUACUAUUUGGAAUAUUGAUUCCAAUUUAAGAACUCCUAAGAGCUUGCAGACAAAACUGUGAGUUAGACAUAACUGGGACUGGAGCUGGCAAAACCUGCAGUAUGCAGCUGUUCUUGUAACAAACUGAUAGCUCCCCAUAUGUGCUCUUCAUUACUGUCAAGAAAUUAGAAUAACCAACAUGCCAGGCGUGUAUAUUCCUAGAAAUUAUGUGUUACAAAAUAGAAGAACAGAUAACUUGCUCUGUGGAAGACAUCCUAAGGUGAGUUAUAUUGUUUUAUUCUUAUAAAAGAAAGCAUUUGUGUAGUUAUUUCUAAUGCUCUUUCAUGAGAUACAUAUAUUUGAAGAUACACACAGUAAAACAUCCCUGAAUAUGUAGAACAUCCAUGUCAAAAUUUACAAUUACAAAUCUGUAAAUUAAGGAUUCCCUCCAAACACUCAAAAAUGCAUUCAAACAAUUUUUAAAUCAUGCAAACUCUUGGGAGACUCAUAAAAACAAGAGAACAUGCUACGACAUGGAGAAAUAUUGCUACAGUAAUAAUAUGUGAUAUAUGAUAAUUCAUUGGAAUUUUUUACAAACUGCAAAGCAUGACAUAUAAACAAUUCACGACACUUACACUCUGUAUUGAGCUUUUAUUGAUAUGGUGAAACUAAUGCAACUUAAGACUCUUCUUCUUUGCAUCAGUCAGAGUAAUUUUACAAGAAACGAAAUCUCCUGAGUUUAGACUUGUACGUUUGAAACCAGGAGGCUUGUGUGUAGGAGAUUAAGGGCUAUGGGAACCAUUAAUACAUAGCUUCAUACCCACCCUACAGUAUGUGCAAUCUGAACAAAUAAACUAAAUUAUUCAUGGGGCUGCAUUAUUACUGGAACACCAUAAUGCUGGAGUAUAGCAAUAGGAAGAUCUUCAAUGUGGAAAGGACCGAUGCAUUCAGUGCACAUGAAAGGAAAGGCUCAUUGCUCACUUGGUUCGUGGCCUACCAGGGUGUUGUUCUUUAUCUUCUACUGGUGUGGGACCAUUAGCUGAUGGUUUGAUUAUAUUAACACUCUUAUUUCAUCUUCAGCUCUUUUAUACAGAGAGGUUUUCAUCAUGCCUGCUUCAGCCUGGAAAGAGGGUAGGUUUCAGGAAUGAAAUUGUCCCAAUGAAGGAACCUGCAUGCAGAUGGCACAUUAGUGUUGCACACCCGUGCAGUUUUUUUUUCAUGGUCUUCAUGGAAUUACAACUGUUUUUUCUAGAGAAAAUGCUCGGAAUCUAUAGUAUGCUAAAAUUAUAUUUAUAUGCUUUUUGACUAAAAGUGUGAUUCCAUUAACUGGAUUGUCUUUCAUCUUGCAUUUACAUUUCUGGCAAGGUGUUUCCUAGCAAAACGAGCAGCUUUUCUUGGAAUAUUACUUCAGCAUUUUUCAUACGGCAAAAUCAAGAAGCAGACAUUUACUUUCACACUUUAAACAACACGUUUACGGCUCUCUUGAACGCAUAUGGAUAUGUUUAGGCAAAGCUUUUUAUACCAUUACAGUUCUAGAAGGAAAGGGAAAGUGUGUGGAGCAUUGUUGCUAUCAAACACAUUAUUCAACUGGACCUUUUCCAGGUCUUGGCUUUUGUCUGUUUUUAUGUAUUGAUGCUAACUCUGAGAUUGUUAAAAUUCACAAUUGCUCUUGGAUACAGAAUACCAUCCGUAUGAAUCCAAAUAAGCAAGUGUCAGCAAAAUACGAAAAGAAAGACUUUAAAGAGAUAGCUUCUCUGUGACUGACACAAUUAUCUUCAAAUCUACACUACAAUUCUGUAUGGUGUAGGAUUUAAAAAGCUUUAUGUUUAAGACAUAGAAAAUAAUUUCACUGGGGGAUAAUUCUAUAUUUGGUAUUUGUAGAUGAUUAUUGGAUUCCACAGGGUGAUUCCCUAAGAAAGGAAAUUUGGGUUAUUUCAGCAAUAUAUUUAAUUGAAAUUGCCUUUAGUGCAUCACAACUGGAGAAGAAUGAAAGUUGCCCUAUUAAGAAAAUAUUGCAACAGUUAUCUAUCUAGUUCAAUUACGAGCAGAAGGUUGUGAAAUCUAAGCAGCUGGAAUGUGAAUUUACUCAAGUUAAAUACAAGGUGAUAUAACAAUUUUCUUCACAUCCCUUUGGAAAUCCUUCCCAUUAAGCAUAUGACUUUCACAAAAGCCAUUUAUAGCUUAUUGUUUAUUCUUGUUGUGGUUCACGGUCUACCUUCUCUUGACUACUUAGCUAAGAAUUGAACUGCAUGUCAUCUUACGCUGUACUGCAUUUCUUUUUCUAAAAGAACUUGGCCCCUUAUUGUAAUUUGCUUCAAUGAAGCAAUUUUUUGUCAUGUACAUGUUUCUCAGUAGCCUUGUUUCCAGGAUUUAUGUGAAAAAAAGUCAUACAAACAAAAGCACCGGGGAAAGCUGUAGCAUGUGUCUUGUUAGCAUUCCUUUGAAGAAAUGCGCGAAAAGAACAUGAAAAACUAUUAAAUUUCAGUUUUAUUCAUCCACCCAACCAUUUUCGAACCACUUUUUCCAAAUCAGAGUGCCAGUAGGCAAUGGGCACAAGGCACCAUACAGCCUGGCAUGCCAGUCCAUCACAAAACACGUAUAGGUAUGUCUUUUGUCUGCGGGAGGAAAUCAGACCACCUCGAAGAAACCCACAGAAACAGGCAGAACAUGCAAACUCCACACGUAUAGAACCCCAGGUCCAGAAUUGAACCAGAGCUGCAAGACAGCAAUGCUAAUUAGUGUGUCGCUGUGCCACCCCUAUGAAGUCUAUAUGGCACUAAGAUGUUGGUCGAAGUGAUUUGAGUGGCUCUGUACAUCCUGGCCUAGAUCCCAGAAGAUUUUUCAGAAGUCAAGAAUUAACUGAAAUCCCAGAGCCUUUAUUUACAAUAGUGCCAUUUAUAUGUAAUGCAGUACUUCACAAAUUUCACUUUUUUUUUUGCACUGUAGGAAAGGCUGUUACAAAGACAGCAACCAGUUAAUUAUGCUUUCGGAUUGGAAUAACAUGUUACAGCAUUAACAACCAUUCAUUAUUACUGUUGUUGUCGCUCUUUUACCUAGAGCUGAUUUUCAUUUCAAAGAUUGAGAAAAGAAAGAAUGAACACUGCUGAAUAAUUAUGAAUUUGUGAUAAAGAGGUUACUGAAAAUGGAUGACCACAAGGUAACACAACACUUUAAAAUAAGAAAGAGAAGUACAGUGCACAUUACCCCCGAGAGCAUUGCGACACUACGCCUUUCCAUUAACAUCUCCAUUACACUUUUACAAAGCAGGCAAUCACCCGCCAUGCAUUAAAUAAAGACAAAUAAAUAAAAUGAAAUUUUGUGGCUUUUAAAGCUCCUUGAUAUCAGCAAAAAGCUAUUCCAGCUCAAAUGAAAUUAAAUGCGAUAAUGGUUUUAGCAUUACAAGACUGAUCAAAAACACAUUAAGCCAUGUCUAUGCAGCAGAUGUCAGGCAAUUUUCAUACAAUGUUCAGCACUGAACUCAAUGCUUCACAUAAAUAGGAUUCAUUUUCCUCUUCUCAUCAUACCACAUGCUUUAAUUCAGGACUCUAAAUAUCUCUGACCAGUCUGUACCAGAACUGCCCCUUACAGGUACAGUCAACCUAUGACAAAUGCCAACCUCUGAGCCACAAAAUGCUGGGUCAGGGCUACAGAUCAAUUUAGGAGUGCAUGUUUCGGUGACCCGUCACUGUUGGCUUGCGGAACCCUUUUGGGCUCCUAGGAUGUAACUGGUUGUUCCCUUUUGGACCACAGUCCUUCACAGAGCUAUUAGGUCUUAAAAGAUCCUCAGCUCCUCCUGAGCAUGCAGACCUCUUCAGUCCUCUCUUCCAUUAAGAGAGCUGGAACAGACCAAUUUCUGAUGAAAAAUUCUCUAUUUCUCUUCUCUACCAGUGUAAAAUCAUUAUUUUUGUUCCCUGGAACCCUUGGCACUAAUCAGACUCUCAUCCAUUGCCACUCUUCCUCUUACCUAGGAGGAACCUGUCCAUCACUACUAUCCCAUCUUCCCUUCACUGGAAGCUACAUGUACAGUACCUGGUCUACUUACAGUAUACCCAGUUUCCAACAACAAACACUCUACUACUCUGUAGAAGCUGAAGGGUUAGAAUUAAUCCAUGAAUACACUACAUACUAGAGAAACAAAUGCUAAAUCCUCUGUAGAGCCAUCUUUCUUUACUAGAUCCAACAAUAGCAAAUCUUCAUUAGAUCUUUCCAACUUCUCAAACCUGAGCUGGACCUCAUGUUAAAGCGCAAGAGGUUAACACUCCAGUAUUAUCUAAACUUGCUGCACUGCAGGUUACAGCUAACACACUUUUCCUCCCUAAACUACAGGAGCUUAGCAAUCACCCUGCAUUUUGCACCUGACUGCUGUUAUAAUGACUGCUGCAACUCCUGAAGAACGUCCAAUUCAGCACAAGUCCAAUCAGAUGAUCUCUAUUCUGCCUGUGGAAUUCCAUUCCACAGAUGUCCAAUCAGUUAAUCAAGGCAGGUGUGUCCAAUUUACUGCAGAGAAGGAAGAGGCUCUAACAGCCUCAGCUUGCUCCAUCACACAGCCAAUGACACUUUGGAAGCUGAGCAAAAUAGUGAGUGUUUUGUUAAAGAAUGAAAAAAAAACAAUAUCAGGAGUCUCAGAAACACAGCAAAAAGAGACUUGAUUGACAGAGAAAACAAAAAAUGGCAAAGAUAUUCAAAAUUACUAACAAAACAAACAAUGAAAAACUUCCAAAAGUGGUGAGAGGAGAAACUGACACGGUACAUAAUAAACGAAAUACUAGACAAAACAAUAUAGCCACAUCCUAAAUUAUUGCCUUCAAAAAACAAGGCUGAAAAAUGCUCUACCUUCUCCAUAUUAAUUCCUAUUAUUAUAAACUUUCAUUUACACCAUUUUGGUUACAAUGAUUACAAUACAUGUCCAUGUUGACGAUGUUAAGAAAAUAAAUGUAUGUGCAAUAUGUGCCGCAGAUUUAAAAAUAGCUCAGUCACACAUGCAAAUUGAAAACUGAUCCUUGAAGACUACUUUCUGUUUGCUUAACAUUGUAUUUCAUGAUUCUACUCAACUAGAUGCUGCCAUUAAGUAGUUUUCAUGUUUAUAUGUGUUUGGGACAAAGGCUUGAUUUAGUCCCAAGAGAUCCUUUGAAGUUAAAUUUAUAUAAUUGCUUAUAUACAUUUUCUUUCAGUCUGUGGAAAUCUUUGAUGGUGCUGGGGAUCUAGGGGAUGUUAGAAAUCAUAUUGUUCUCUACAAAAGCAAGGUGCUCCUACCUUUGGUCUUUGUGGUAUUUUUCAGACUCUUACUUUCUUUAUGCAACUGUUCGGUCUCCUUUGGAAUGAGAAAAACACAAUUUUUAAAAUAAGCAAAGAAAUGUGUAAGUAACGACAAAUUCUAUAAAGAUAAAAUAAUAUAUAUUUUGUGCCAACAGUGUACUAUUUCCUGAGAGGAUAUAAAUAUACUCCUUUCUGGGGUACACAUUUCACCUUUAAAAAUUAGCUUUGCCAUAUUUUUCCAUCAUUUCUAUCAGUCAUUACUACAAGUAUAUCUCCAUGAUGGUUUUCUGUGCUAACACACUUAUGUGGUUCCAUUAUCCAGUACAGCUCCUGAAGCAGUACUUUCUCUGAUAGAUUCUGUUCUGUUUUUGCCUGAGACAAAUAUAAUUUCAAUUAUU